AUGGACUCACCGGGCUCGGCGCGCGACGUCUCCUCGCGGCUGCCCGUCCAUCUGCAACAGCCCUCCUCGUCGAGCUUCUCCGAUCCGGAAGUGUUCACGUCCACCCACAACAUCCGGCCGGGACAGACGUUCGUCUCCGUUCAGACGCUCACCAAAGAGUCGUUUCAUGUGGCCGUCAGUGUGAGUGUCGGGGCUCCGUUUUUUUGUACUACCACUUUCAUGAUCGAUUCAAAAUUUUAGUCCAAAACAAAAGUGCACGAUGUACUCUGGAAAUGCGGCGAACGUCUAUCACUUUCCGAAGACAAGCUGUUCGGAUUGGCGUUCCGACAGCCGACCGAAGGCAUUGGAGGAGAUCAGCCACGGCACGAGUACUACUUUCUGGAUCCGGCCGCCAAGAUUAUGAAGUAUGCCCACAAACAGCCAAGAUUCUCCAAUUGGGUAAGGCAGUAUCUUUUCACAGCUUUAAAAUGCUUAAUUUUCAUAUUUUAGCACUCAAGGUCCAAUGAAAACCGACCAAUUCUCAUCCUCUAUUUUCGAGUAAGGGUAUAUAUCGAUCAGGUUGGAUUAUUGACGUAAGAACCUCUUCAACCGCUUCCGUAACUAUUUCAUAACACUUUCAGAUGUCCGAAGGCACGAGAACACUACUAUUUACAACUGAAAGACAACUUUCUCGACCACUGGGCCGGCCGCCACAGCGUGUCGGAAGAGCGAUGCUGGUACAUGGCCGCGCUCGCUCUUAUAACCGACAAGGGGACGGACUAUCUCGGGUGAGCGUGCGAUCUAUGCGUUUGCGCGCGCGUUUCGUAGUCUUUCGCAGGCGACUAGUUCGAUUCCCGCGUGUCCGAAAAGAGUUUUGCGAGUGAGUUAGAUCUAUGAUGAGACUUUCACGACGGUCUUCCGAUGAAAUAUCAAAGCUGUGGAUAUCUUACGUGAAGCUGAGAUCCUUUUUCGUUCACUCUUGUGCAACUCAAUUAGUCGUAUUGUGAUUUUGUUAAGAGACAAAAACCGAUAAGUAUAUUUUUUUUGUAGGUACUUCCGAGCCGAGCAAUACUUCCCUCUAUGGGUGAUAAACGAACGUGGUCUCGAGUACAUCCGAAACAACCUUCCGGCGGCCUGCGAAGACAUUAUCAAUGAAGGCCGUUACAAAGCGAUGGAGAAAUUUAUGAUUGAGGCGGGAAGGUCACCGUUCGCGCUAAACUGUCAUCUGUACGGAUUAAGACGGCAUAAAAUGGAUAAUACGGAUAACGCGGUGCUCGGAAUCAACGCCAAGGGCAUUGAGAUGUGCGACAUUGGCGAGAACGGGGACCGAAUUCCGUUGAGGGCACUGCACUGGAGUCGCGUGGCGAAGCUAUCGUUCAACAGGAAGAAGAUGACCAUAAUCGGAUCGGAUGGCACCAAGAUGUCGUUGUAUGCACAAACGGAGCACAAGGCGAGAUACCUCUUGGAGCUCUGCAAGGCUGUGCACCAGACGCUGCUGGUCAUGUCUCAUUUGCACGCUACAAUGGCUCCGCCGCCAAAACCGUACCUGGAAAUGUCCGUGGAUGGUAUUAGCACCUCGUCCACGAGUGGGAUCGGAUCCGGAGAUCAUGAUAAAGGUAGUUUAUCAAUAUCAGACAGAAAACUAACCAUUUUUUGAAAUUGCAGAUAGCGACUCAUUGAGCAGUGCAUGCGGUGACCGGUGCCACGGCUCCAUGUCUUCAAAACUCCGUCUUAGAAUCAAAAUGGAUUCGAAUCUUGAUGUGAAAAUCGAGAAGAUGGAACUUGAUCGUGAGUCCCUCGUAAUCUUUUUCAUGCGCAACUGUAGAAUUUUCUAGACAUCCGACAAGAGCGAGCUGCAUCACAGUCAAGCAAAGCCAGUGAUGAAAGCGACAGAUCACGGUUGGAUCUUCGACAACAAACAUAUCAUCCGGCAAACGAAUCCUCCGGCGCCACAUCAUCCACGCACACAGUCACGACACCGCUGGACACGUGUACGGUUACGACAAGACCCUCCUCAAUUGACAACGCUUCUCAAACCAUUGAGACGGGCAGCACCAGGAGCAUUUUGGACGUUAACUUCAAUACGAAAAGGGAUCGAGAAAAGGAGAAAGAGAGAGAAAGAGUGAGGCACGAAUCGUCGACUUCCGCUGGUGGCUUCAACUUUAUGACGACCAAAGACUGCCCGAGCGGAUCCGAGAUUGCUAUGCCGCUCACUCUUCAGCAAGACAUUAUGAGCAACGAAUCGGUCAACGAACGGCUCCUCUCAAUGUCGGCAUCGGAUCUUCGAGCAAUGGCAGAAAGAUCUUACUCGCCACCGGCUCAGUGGGCGUCUGGAGCAACUGGCAAGAACUCUCCGCCGAGCAGAGACAAAAUGACGCGAUCGGAGACUCGAAUAGACUCUCAACAUCAUGAAAUGUGGCAGCCAACAGACUCGGCACUUGGUGGUACUGGUGGACGUUUCGUGAAGAAGAACUCGGCGGGGAGCAGAGCUGCGAACGCGAUCAAUCGGGUCCACUCGAUGCCAAGCCACUAUCACGUGAACGGCUACUAUCGAAAUCAGAAUCAGAUGCUGAGCGCCUAUGACGAAUCGUCUCCACCUCAAUCCCAAUACCAUGGUCCUACGUCCCUCACCCACGCCCAUUCCCUCCAUGUUCCAGGGACCGGAGGAAGGCCAAGAAACCCUCCUCCCUAUGAGCCACCGGCGAUGAGCUUCACUCAACCAAAAUCCGCUCCACCACCGCCACUUCCGACCGGGCCACUGCCAGCAGAAGCCGCCGGAGGACAACCGUCAUUCCCUCCGGCAAGUGUCACCCCUACACAAUUUCUAGAGGAAGCCGGCGCAUUUUCUACGGAAAAGAUGCAAAACUAUCCCCUCAUACUACAAUUGCUCAAAGAGCAUCGACAAAGCAUGGGACAGUUGAAUACCAUUAAUGAGCGGCCGUCAAUGGCGAUGACGAUGUCGAUGCAAAAUGGUGGAGGAUUGAUGAUGAACGGAGGACAAAACGGAUUCUAUGGGAACGUGGUCGCCCCAGCCGGCAUUCUUUCGCAUCAUCGGAGACCAUCUUCAUGCAUUGAUUUAAGCACACUGGAUGGAGGAAUCAUUGGUGGAGCUGCUUGUGAGUUCUGUUAAUCUGUUCGAAAGUUACAACAUGCUCCUUUUUCAGUCAUUCUGCCCACACAUCGCGGCGACUACUACUUUGAUUCUGCCACGCUUUCGCAGAAUCUCAGUAGCUUCCCGCCGAUCACCUCGACCCACACCACGUCUGCCACAAUGACAUCGGCUACCACAAUGACCACAACAACUUCUGCAUCACAACAGCAGCAACAUCAGCAGCAGAGUCAUAGCAACUAUGCUAGAAUAGAGCAACAUAAUGGGUUAUUUUACUUUCAAACUUUAAAUAGUAUUUCAUAAUUGGUAUUACAGAAACCUUAUUCUUCCGCCGCCACCGCCUUAUCAACAACCGGCGCAACAGCAAUUGGUCAACUAG